CAGAAACUAUUACAUUCAUAAUUACAUGAUAUAUGUGACAAACAUCUUGACAUAAUAAUGACAAAUAUAUUCUAACUGGUUAUACUAAAUGCUAGUGGUUUGUCUAUUAUCAAACCUUAAUAAUAAAUAUUGAACACCUUCCCCUUAAAGAUUCAGUCUAGGAGGGGCUUUUACAGUUCUUCCAAAACUAGAUACACGCUUAUGAUUAUCAAUAUUAACAUUAUCAGAAGGAACUGGUAUAUGUGACUGAGCAUGGGAUUUAGGUACUUUAUUUAUCGGGGAUACAUUUGGUAUAUUAGGAAUAAGGUUAAUAUCAUUAUACAAAUUAAAAUUCUGUUGUGAUCGAGGUUGUGAUGGUUGACUUUGCUCGAAAGGAUACAAUUCAGGCUCAAGAAUUCUCUCGUUUUGAUUUAAAAUUGUAAAUGAUAAUUUCAUUUGACUACUGUUACGUCUUACUAUUUUAUUGUUAUUUUCCUUCCUCACCCAAUAUGAUCGCGGCUCAUUAGCUUUUUCUAAAAUUAUACCCUUAUGCCAAAUUUGAUCUUUAGAAGAUUUAAUUACAACUUUAUCUCCCUUCUUAAAUUCCGUUGGAGAUUUACGAACUUUUUUGUCGUAGUGUAAUUUUAAGUGUUUUUUCUGAUCAACUAAUUUCGUAUAAAUGUGUGUUUGAAUUUUUGGCUCCAGUUGAUUAUUGUUUAAUGGUAAUUGCGAUCUUAGAUUCCUACUUUGAAGAAUUUGAGCAGGAGAGGCAUUAAGACUAACAAUGCAAGUAUUAUUAUACUCCAUCACAAGAUCCCUAUAAUCAUUAUUGUCUUCAGCUCCCUUUUUUAAAAUUUGUUUAGCAAUACUUACUGAUUUUUCUGCAAGCCCAUUGCUUUGGUGGUAGUGGGGAGUACAUGUUAAAAUAGUUAUAUCUUUGUCUCUAUAAUAGGAUUUGCAUUUAUUUGAAAUAAAAGGUAGAUUAUCUGCAAUCACGAAUUGUGGAUACCCAAAUUUUGUAAAAAUAUCCUGAAAUGCAUUUAUGACUGAAUUUGAUGUUUUGUCUUUUAAUAAUAUGACUUCAAGCCAAUGUGAAAAAUAAUCUAUGAUUACUAAAAAGCUUUUAGCACUAUAUUCUAAUAUAUCGGUGCCAAUUUUGUUAAAACGGAGUGUUGGUACAGAAUGUGGUAACAAAGGUUCUUUAUAAUUACUUGGCAUGAAUUUUUCACAGAUUCUACAUGUUUUUAUGAAAAAAGUAAUGUCGGUGUUUAAUUCUGGCCAAAAAAACAAAGUUCUAGCUUUAUUGAUAGUUUUACUAAUACCUAUAUGACCUUUAUGAAGAAGUUUGAUGAUAUAUAGUCUGAGACUUUCUGGGACAAUAAUCUUAUCAUUAAAAAAUACUAUGCCUGCUUCAAUAUAAAUAUAAUCUCUAAUUUUGUAGUAUGGUUUACAUUUGUCCGAAAUGAAUUUUUCUUUAGGCCAACCAUUAUAGUAAAAAUCGAAAAUUUUGGAAAGGGUUUCAUCUUUACUGGUUUCUACUCUAAAUUCGGUUUUCUUUUCCUCACUCAUUGGUAAAUAUUUAGUCACUAGAUGUACCAUUUCUAACAUUUCAGGGUCAUAACUAGUUUGUUUUAAAGUUGAACGAGAUAACAUAUCAGCAAAAUGAAUAUCUUUUCCUGGAACAUAGUAUAUAUUAAGGGAAUACUUCAAAAGUUUCAACCUAAGUCUUUGAAGUCUCACUGAUCCAAUUUUGCUGACGGGUUUUUUCAUAAUAGAGAUUAUUGGCUUAUGAUCAGAUUGAACAUUUAUUUCAAAAUUAUAAAUAAAAUUAUGAAACUUUUGUGUUCCAAAAUAAAUAGCUAAUAAUUCCUUUUCGGUUUGACUGUAAUUUAUUUCAUGAUCAUUCAUAUUACGAGAUGCGCAAGCUACUAAUUUAAGAAUAUCAUCUUCAUGUUCUUGAAACAUACAACAGCCUAAACCGUUUUUUGAUGCAUCGCAUUGCAAGACAAUUUUAAAUUUGGGGUUGAAAGGAACUAAUGCUGGGGGUUUACUGAUAAUUGUUUUAAGGUUUUUGAAACAUUCGUCAUGUUUUGGCAACCAUUGCCAUUCUACAUUUGAUUUUAACAAUUCAGAUAAUGGUUUUAUGAAUUCAGCCAUAUUCGGAAUAUAUCGUCUAACAUAAUUAAAUGAACCUAAAAUUCUUUGCAAUUCGAUUUUAUUAUUAGGGCAUUUUAAUUUACACAGAGACUCAAUUCUAUCCGGAUCUAUUUCCAUUCCCUUAUUAGAAAAAAUCUGGCCCAUAAAUUUUACUUGUUUCUGGCAAUAUUGGAUCUUAUCUUUAUUAAAUUUUGCACCUACCUCUCUGGCCCUUUGUAUAACUUUUUUUACUGUAAUGUCAUGUUCCUCUUUAGUAGAACCCAUUAUGAUCAUGUCAUCAUGGCAAAUUUGAACAUUUUGUAAAUCGCCAAAAUUUUUCUCUACUUCAUCUUGAAAAAGGUCCUGAGAAUUGGAGAGCCCAUAUGGUAGUACUACAUACCUAUAAAUUCCGUAAGGUGUAGCAAAACAACAUUUCCAUGAGGAAUCCUCGUCCAGUUCAAGAUGGUGAUAGCCUUCAGCUAAAUCAAAAACAGAGAAAAUACACUUACCAAUAAUAUUUGAACAUAGUUCCUCUAAAGUAUGGACAAGUCUAGGUUUACGUACAAUUUGUUUAUUUAGGUCUGAAGGGUCUAAACAUAAUCUUAACUUACCAUUUGGUUUUUCCACUAUAACCAUACGAUUUAUACUUGCUCUGGCAUCAAUUUGAUCCACUUUUAAAAUUGCGUUACGAUCUACUAAUCUAUUAAGUUCACGUUUUAAAGAAUCUUUUAUUGCUAUAGGUACUUUUGUGGGUGGGUGGCUCACUGACUCAAAUUCAUCAAUAGUAGUGAUUUUAAAAUUUCCUGAAAAUCUACCAUGUCCGCUAAAAAUAUCAAUAUUUUCUGAAAUAAAUUUUUCUUUAUCGCUUGUAGAAGGAGGAAGAACAUUUAUGUCAACCUUAUUAACCCUUUUUAGCAAUCCUAAAUCAACACAAGCUUUACCACUCAAAAGAACACGGUUUGCACCCUCAACAAUCACAAAAUCCUCGUAUAUAUUCUUAUUCUUAUACUUUACAUUUAAAUUUACAAUGCCAAUUGUUUUGGCUUGUGUGCCUUCAAAUCCUUUAAUAAUAUAUUCAGAAUUUCUAACUUUAAAUUGCCUAUCGACUUUUUUGAAAACAUUUUGAGAAAUUACACUUAUAUCAGCACCUGUCUCAAGAGUUACCCUACAUUUUUUAUCUUCCAAAUUUAUAAUUUCUUCCCACAUAUUUUUAUGGUUGCAAUUCAUUUUAUUGCAAAAACAUUCCCUAUCUACAUUAUUUACAAAUACAUUACUAGAGCUACUGUCACUGUCAUAUUCUUGGUCUUGGUCUACAUUUUUAACAUUUUUGACCUUACAAGAAAUAGCAAAAUGAUUUAAAAUUCCACAUUUUUUACAUGGCUUGCCAUAAGCUGGACAUUCACGUGCGCCAUGAUUUGAUUGACAGCGUCUACAGUAAAAAUUUUCCCUAGGUUUAUUUUUCCUAUCAUAUCUAUUUUUUUUAUGUUCAAUAUAAUUUUUAUUUUUAUUAUAGUCACUUACCGAGGCGUUUUCCUGAGUAUUCCUAUUUUUAUAUUUUUUUACAUUAUACACUUCGGUACCUUGGUUUUGCUGAAAUUGCAAAUUUUGCUGCUUGCUCUGUUCGCUGGUCCUACAAAAUUCUAUGGCCUUGUCCAGAGUAAGCUUUUCGAUCCUUAGUAAAGCUUCUCGGGUUACAGAGUCUUUAAUUCCCAUAACAAUUUUAUCCCUGAGGGCCUUAUCCUCAGCUGUUUGCUUCGGGUCUACGUCAUUAUAAUUACAGGAACGUACCAAAUGUCUGCAUUCAGUUAGGAAAUGCUCAAAAGUUUCUCCUUCUUUCUGGAUACGUUUCAAAAAAUUAUAUCGUUCAAAACACUCAUUAAUUCUUGGAUUGACAUAUUUGUCUAUAAGAUUUAUGACAUAUUCAAAUUUAUUUACCUCUGUCUCUGGAACAACAAAUGUAUUCAUAAUUCUAGCAGAUUCUGUACCAAUGAUGUUGCGUAGAAUUGAAAGCUUAACUUUAUCUGCAGAUUCGUUUUGUCCUGUGGCUAAGAGGUAAUCUUCAAAUGCGGUUUUCCAGAACUUCCAAUCCAUUGCGGCAUUUUGUCCUUGGAGGUCGAAAUCGGGGGGCAAUUUUACUAAUCCACUUGCUAAUCCCGCCAUAAUUUUUUGAAAUUUUUUGACUAUUAUUUUACACUUGCGAAUUUAAUACUCAAAAUUUUACUUUCCCGAUACUUCUGCGAACGACUGCGCCAUGUUUAAACUUUGUAAUAUUUAUAUUAUAGAAAACUAAACAAUUAAAACAUUACAUGUAUAUUUAAUGAAUAGCAGAAACUAUUACAUUCAUAAUUACAUGAUAUAUGUGACAAACAUCUUGACAUAAUAAUGACAAAUAUAUUCUAACUGGUUAUACUAAAUGCUAGUGGUUUGUCUAUUAUCAAACCUUAAUAAUAAAUAUUGAACAUAAGUUGCAUGUAUUUAUAUGCAGGUGUUCAUGCACAUUACUUUUCCGUAUCAUUUUCUUUAUUCUCUAUUAAAGAUAGUUAACUUUUAUCUUUUACGGAUAAAGUUAAAGAUAAAUUCGAUGGCGCCUGCGCAGUAGAUGAAAACAUCCAUAUUUCUCGACUUAACCUCAAAAACAGGAAAUUUUUUAAAGGAAACAACAAAUACGACUUAAAAUACGUGUCUGAAUUGAAAAUAACGUGGGAAAUAAUAUUUAUAACACCCUGAUAAAACCCAACAAACCGUUCGCAGUUUCCCAUACACGUCAACAAUGUCAUUAUUAAAGACUGAUAAAACUCUUAAUUUUUGGUGCAUGAAAUACCUCAAAUUUUACAGAAAAAGAAAAGCUUAUGCAUAAGGAAAAAGGUAAAGAAACAGAAAAAGAAUUUAUGCAUGAACCAGCCUUAAGGAAAAAUUCAAUUCUCAUUUAUCAACAUUCAACAACCUCCAAAGAAAAUCUCAAAAUCCUCAAAAGACAAAAACUACCACCACAUUUUUCAUCCCCACUCAUACCAAAAACAUUCACUUCACUCUUCUCUUCUAUCCAAUCGCAACGAACUCCCACAGUCAAAUCAUCAGCUGACAGAAGGAUUUCCCCCAAAAAAAAAACAAAUGUCUUUAUCUACCUUAAUUUUUCGGUUAAACAGUGCCUUCCAGGGCUUCGAAAGGGCUCUUUUUGGGGCCCUAACUGGCAGAUAUCCUCCAGGCGAUUUUAGGUUAUGUUUGGAUUAUUUGCCCCAGGAAAAUGGGAAUUUACCACAGAAAAAAGGUAUUUUAGAGGAAAUUUUGGGUGACGGCUUUCUAUUCGCUGUCCCUAAACAUAGGAGAAGCAUAGAGAAACGUUGGAAAAGGAAAUUCGGCAACCCAGAUUAUGAUUUGAAAAUUCUACUUCCAAGGAAGGAUAUUAGAACUUGUAAUAGUUGCGGAGACGAUCACGAAGCAGGAGUCUUAUGCCCUACUUGCUACAAAAAAGUUAUAGACGAAACCAAAUUGAUGCAAGAGGCAAUUCAAAAAGAGCUUAAACUGGAGCCUGUUGAACAAGAAGUUGUUGUAAUGUACGAAGGAGAAAAAGACAAUCAACCGCAAGAGUAUUGGAAAGGUAAAAGGAUAGUGGAAAUGCCAAAGCCCAGGCCUCAAUGGUUUAGUGAGAAUUUGCUGCAGAAAACUACACAGAAGGGGGCUGAUACAAGUGAUGUUAAACCUUCAGAACUGGGUUAAAAUGGUGUUUGGAUAGAGUAUUUUAGUAAUUUGUUUUUUUGUAUUUAAUUAAAAAAAAAGGUUUAUAUCAAUGAUUAUUAUUUUGUUUGAAAAAUAUAUUUGAUUGGCAGUUGGUUGAAGGCUAUUU